AUGAUCCGCAUCAACAACACCCAGUACUGCCACUUCCUGCAGCAGGCGGACGCCCUGCGGCACUCAGGUUCCCUCUGUGAUGCCAUCAUCUCAGUAAAGAGCCAGACCUUCAGGGCCCAUCGGCUAGUGCUGGCCUGCGCAAGCAGGAGGCUGGCACAGCAGCUCAUACAGACAGACAAAGAAAGUCCUCUCCAUUGCUCUCUAGAGCUCUCCUCCCCCCACACCUUCCAGCAGGUCUUGGAUUUUGCCUACACCCAGGCCCUAGAGGUGCCUGUGGAUGACCUGCAUCUGCUUCUGAGGGCUGCACAGCUUCUGGAGAUGCAAGUUCUAGAGGAUCAGUGUCAGCAACAGCUGGACACCCUGGACCUCAGAGCCUCAGAAAAAGGGGAGAUGAGAAAAGUUGCCGAACUCAGUGAAGCGAUAGAGACCACAGCUGAGGAGGAUCGGGAGGGACGAGAAUGUCCAGUUCAAAUAGAAGCGGCCAACAACAGCCAUGUCAGAAACGAAAGUCCUCUGCCUGAUACUGCUGAGGGCAACAGCAGUCCACCGGCCCGUCAAAAGACGGGCAAAGUAUCAGGCACGUCAGCAACGCCCUGCACCAGGGACAGCGUGAUAACCAGCCUUUCCACAAGCUACUCUUCCCUCUCCUCCCCUUGGGCUUUACCGAUGAACAAGUGGUACCCUGUGAACUCUCUGUGGAUGGCGCAGAACUAUUCAAACCUGAUGGCCACUCAGUCCCUCCAGUCAUCUCAGCAAAUGGUGGCGCACCCAUUCCCCCUCUCGGCUUCCCACGUGUACCCCCUGCUAGCCUCAUCUUUUCCAUCUCCAGUCCACAGCUCUGUCGUAGGUUACACGAAUCUCCACCAUUCUCUUACGCAGCGUCUUUUCACCGAGUCUCGAGAGAUGGGGGGCAUAGUCAAGCAGGGUCGAUUAAAAAGGAAGAACGCCACCUGUGAAGCACUGAUUGGGUCGAUUCCAGCCAGCAAACAAAGAUACCCCGAGGGGCAUAAAGCAAAAGCAGCCAGCAGCCCCGACUGUCAGCACUGCCAUACAAGCCUCCGUGGUAACCCGUGGCUCCAGAGGUCAAAGGCAGCUCCCCAUGCAGGCGCAUGCAGGUUCUGUGGAAGGGGGGUGAGGGUGGAGCACAAUGUGCAGUCCCAACGCACAGACCACGGCGCGGAGAAACCCUACCAGUGCAAACACUGCCCCAAAAGGUUUAGUCUUAAACACCAGCUGUACACGCAUCACCGAGUUCACACCGGGGAGAAGCCUUUUGAGUGUCGUUUGUGUGGUCAGCGAUCACGGGACUAUUCAGCCAUGAUCAAGCACCUGCGUACUCAUGGCGGGGCCGCGCCCUACCAGUGCACGGUGUGCCUGGAGUUCUGCAGCAGCCUGGUCGCCAUGCAGAGACACGUGAAGAGUCACCCAGUCAAAGACUUCCCCCCCAACUGGAGUAUCAAGAGCACUUACCUGUACACCUCACACAUCUGAACCAUUAGGCCUACUGGACCCUUUGGUAGCUGUAGAUCACAGAACCAGCUAGCCCAUACUGUCUCA